AUGCUGAGAAUGAGAAGGAUCAUUAGACAUCCGAAACUGAGGACAUUCUGGGAGAAAUGGCAGAUACUCAUGUGGAAAGCCGUGCUUAUGCGACUGCACAGCCCGAUAACCACUGCAUUGGAAAUAAUCAUAGCUAUUAUCUUUACAUUGCAGAUUCGUUUGAUAUUUGAACCGCAUGCUCUUCAUACGCAGGAUUUAGAGCGAUACAGUCAAGAUGAUCUCCUAGGGAAAUUGCCGAAGGACGUGCAAUGUUGGUAUGCUCCGAGAAAUACAUUUGUAGACGAGUUGAUGCUGAAAGCCGCGAAAAUGCUUCGUACAAAUAUUCAAGCAGCUGACAGCGAAAUUAGUCUCGUGCGUUCACGUUACGCGAGAAAUGACACCUCCAAAGUACUAUGGGCGAUAUUUGAGAUUAACAAACACACAUCUGGAAAACCAAAAGUCUUAGAUUAUAAAAUACGUUCUUCCGAAAUAGGCGAGAAUCGAAUGAUUAUGAUGCAAGAGGAAGAACCUACCCACGAAGAUCCAUAUGUGUUAAGUGGUUUCAUGGCUUUACAAAUUGCAAUUGAGAAAUCCUUCGUGGAGAUGUGGACAAAUCCGACGCUACCGAGAAUCGCUGAUAACCUGACUGUCGGCCGAUUUCCCUAUUAUAAAGUCAACUUUUUAAUCUUACCAUACCUUAUUCGGCCCAACAUAAGUAUAAUCUAUUACGCGAUGGUUAUCGCCUUCCUUUUACUGCCAGCAACAGCGUUAAGAAAGGCACUCCACGAUAAAGAAACUGGAUUUAGAGGUCUUAUGAGAUUAACAAAUAUGUCUUUCGCAAUGUUGUACGUCGGAUGGAUCAAUUAUCUUAUGAUCACCCUGUUACCUGUGACAAUCGCAUGCACGAUCCUCCUAUCUCCCGUGUUUUCGGGCGCAAACGCUUUAGUCACAGCUAUAUUUAUCAUGAUGUACAAUAUACUCUCGGCACUUUUCAUGUUCACCAUUGGCACGUUUUUCGAACAUUCUACAAAAGCAUUGCUCACAUCGAUUGUGUUCUGGCUCUUUUUGACGCACUUAACUAUUAUUUUGGAUCAAUUCUUGGUAAGAGAAUCUAUGUUGUGGAAGAUCAGUUCGCUGAUUUUGCCCCAUAGUGGUUUGCUAUAUGGAAUAAUAGCCUUCACGAUCCGCACGGAUUUUGGUGACUAUGAAAGCGAAGAUUUAAGAAAUAUUUGGCGAAAAGUGAAACCGCAGAACUACAGUAGUCCUACUUCGUAUUUAUGGCCACGAUGGCUUUCUGAACUGAUAAUGCUACGGGACCCCCACGAUAUCAUUCACGCAGCAGAAAAAAUUCCUAUUGGUAUAAGUCUGUUUGCGUGGUUAUUGCAUAUUAUUUUCUGGUAUCUGCUAGCAGUAUACUUAGAUAAUAUUAAUCCGGGGAAAUUUGGCAGCGCAAAACCUUGGUACUAUUUAUGUAAGCCAACUAUUCGAGUGAGAUGCGUCAGAAAGGAAUUUGGCAGAUUUGGCGAACGCAUUACGGCUAUAAACGAUGUAACGAUUGAUUUUUAUCAUCAAGAAUUCAGUGUCAUUCUCGGUCAUAAUGGUUCUGGCAAAAGCUGUUUGUUAAAGAUGAUAAUCGGAAUGUAUAAACCGACUCAUGGCCAUGUUUACUUGGAGAACGGAUCACUAUAUCCGCUCGGUUAUUGUCCGCAAGAAAAUUUAUUAGUGAAUUAUUUAACGACGAUACAAUAUCUCUAUAUAUUUGGCAUGAUGAAAGGAAUGACUUAUACGGAUGCUUAUAGGGAAGCAUUAAAGCUAUUAAAACAACUUGAUUUAGAGUAUGUGAAGGAUACGAAAGCAAAAUCUUGUUCCUUUGGUGCACAAAGAAGAAUUUGUCUAGCACUGGCACUUAUUGGCAACUCUAAGAUUCUCAUCCUUGACGAGCCUACAUACGGUAUCGAUCCUGAACACAAAAGGCAGAUAUGGGAUUUACUUAUGGAUAUAAGAAAAGACAAGACAAUACUAAUGGCAACAAAUUCCAUGGAAGCUGCAGAUUUUCUUGCUGAUAGAAUCGCUAUUAUUGCAAACGGAAAGAUUGAAUGUUAUGGAUCGAAAAUGUAUCUGAAUCGUCGAUAUAGAAUCGGUUACGUUCUGAGUUUAUUAGUACAAGAAGAUUGCAAUGUUGAACGGAUUCGUGUGGAAAUACAAGAAUUUUCAGCAGAACCAAUUACUCUGCGAAGCACGAUGGGUUUAGUAAUAAGAUUCGACGUGCCCAGGGAUAGUCGAUUUACUAAAUUACUCCAACAUUUAGAAUUGAACAAGGAAGAAUUGAAAAUAGUGUCAGUUGCAUUGAGUGCUGCUAGCAUUGAGGGUCAAUUCCUUAGAAUAGGUUUGGAAAGCCAAUUUAAGGAGCGUUGCGUAAAAAUACCUAACAAUAAGUACGAACUCAUUGUGCAACAAAGGCGGCGGCACUUAUUACAGUCAGGUAAAAUUUUGGCACAAUUAUCUCUCGAGUUGUAA